AGACGAAGCUCUUAAGAGGGGAUGAGGUCAGAUUAUAUGUGGAGUUAAAUAGAAGAAAAUGAGACUUUACUAAUGAUGUACUGUAAACGUUACCGAGGAUGGGCUGAUAGGGUGCUGGGCUGCCAGGAGUUUCAGCAGACCAAACACUGUUUUUAUCUGAAAAUUAGGAGUUAAAAAAAAAUCUAAAUGGUAUACUUUUUAUUUUUAUUUUUUUCAAGACGGUUUCUCUGCUUAGCCCUGACUGUCCUGGAACUGGUCCUAGUGUAGAACCUGUCUGCCUCCCAAGUGUUGAGACUAAAGGCAUGUGAUAACACUGUCACCAGCUCCACUGCCUAGCUAAAAACAGUUCUGAAUGGUAUUAAAUCGCCAUCUGUCCGGCCCCCAGUAUUAUAUGUGUAUUUAUGUGUGCAGAGACCAGGGGAUAACUCAGAGCUGUAGUUACAGCUCAUGUGUGAGCUACCCGUCAUGAUGCUGGAAACCAAAGUGCAAGAGCAGUUCACCCUGUGCCAGCUCAAACCCUUCCUUUCUUUUCUCUCUCUUUCUUCCUCUUUGAGGCAUCAUCUCACUCUAACUUUGGCUGACCUGAAACUCAUUAUUGUAGACCAGGCUGGCCUCAAACUCAGAGAUCCAGCCACCUCUGCUUCCUGAGUGCUGGGACUAAAAGUCUGUGCUACCAUGUCCACAGCCUGCUUCUCAGCCUGACAUGCAUGGUUGCUCUUGUCACAGACUAAAGGGAUCAUGUAUUCACUUGUCUUGGACCAAAACAUUUUCUUGCCUUCUUAUCCAGGGGGCUAUUUAGAAACUGUACAUCUGAGGAUCUCAGCCCACGAAGCUUUAAGAAAGUGAAUUUGAGCUGGAGAGAUGGUUUCACUUGCUGCUCUUCCUGAUGACCCAGGUUCAAUCCCCAAGCUCACAACUGUCUGUAACACCCUGGGGGGGGGGGGGAUCCAGUAUCUUUUUGGUCUCCAUGGGGAGCAGGAAUACAUGUGCAUGCAGGCAAAAUACUCAUCCAUACAGGAAAAAAAAUCAAAAUGAAAAUAAAACCCAGGUGUACUGAUGUGCACCUGCCUAGAACAUUGUGGGCCAGGCAAGUGAUCAGGAGAAGGUCACGGUCAUCCUUGUAAGUUUGAAGCAGCCUGGGCUAUGUAAAAACUCUCCCAAAAGCUGAAUAAACAAAAGGGCUGGAGAGACGGCUUAGCAGUCAAGAGUGGAUUCCUGAAAGUUGUCCUCUGACCAUCAUAUAUGCAUUGUGGCAAUGCACACACUCUUCACUUCACCCACACUAAAAUAAAUGAGGCUGGGCAUAGUGGCACAAUCCUUUGAUCCAGGCAGGUAAAUCUCUGUGAGUUCGAGGCCAGCCUUGUCUACAAAAAUGAGUUCCAGGGCUGCCUAAUGAGACCUUAUCUCAAACAAAACCAACCCUAGGUUAAUUAGUACUAGUUAAAUGUGAUCUUGAAAACCCUAUUUAUCUUUCAUGCUAUAAAGAUACUUGGGCCUUGGGAGUAUACCAACUAGCACUGCAGAGAGACAGAAAGGACGUGCACAGAACCCCGGCGACAAGCACCACUAACACCACAGAGCUUAGACAAGGCUGGCGACCUGACUGGAGGGAAAACAAGUUUCUGCUGUUUCUGGUUUCCUAGGAAAUCUGGUGGCCAGAACUGAGAGGGGGAAGGCGCUGGCAUUGGGGGAAUUACUCUGUAGUCAUCCCAGAAUACUAUCUAAAGAAAAGGAAAAUUUAGAUUAAUUUCCAGACUCUGCUCAUUGAAGUUUGUGGUAACAUGUUGUGUUAAGUCUAGUGCUUCAAUUAGAGCCUAGGAUGUGGCCAAAGCCUUCCUUUGCUUGGAAAAGCCUUUGGCUAUUCAUCUAGGCCUUAAUCAUCUGCCUAAACCUUGUUUGUGGAGCUGGGACAUGCCCUUCCACCUUCCUGAGCCUGUUCCCUGUUCAAUAACCCGAGGGAAUACUGAGCUGCCCACAGUGUAGAGGAUUGAAUGGCGUGGGCUGCUAUCCCUUCCUUCCACCACAGGCUCCUGCCACUCAGCACAUUUUGACCAUCCUUCCACAAUGAACAGCCUCAAUCCCCAGACACAUUCUGUUUGUUGGAAUCAGGCUACAUUCUAGAACCUUGCCCUCUCCAAUGCCUUCCUCACUCUGGAAUACACUGCUGUUUCCAACAGAACACCCGAGCAUGGCAGGAUUUUGUUGGCUCUGGACGGUGACCACUUGCCCCAGUUUCUGGCUCUGACUUGAGAGCAGGCUGUGACCAGGAUGCGGUGGCGGGACCGCAUAGCUGUGUUAUGCUUCCCUCCGGGACUGAUGCUCACUGUAGCCGCACUUAUACUCUUCUUCAUACACAUGGGUGUCUUUGCUAGUGAUGUUCACAACUUCUGUGUCAUCCACAACUACGACCACAUGAGCUUCCGUUACACGGUUGUACUGAUAUUCUCCCAGGUGAUCAGCAUCGGCUGGGCUGCCAUGGGGUCACUCUACGCAGAGAUGACCGGUGACAAUCCUCAAUGGAGCCAUGUUCUUCAACCGCCUGUGCCUGGAGUUUCUGGCCAUCAAUUACCGAGAGGAGAGACACUGAGGCCUGGGGAUUGGGGACAGGACUAAGACGGGAGAUGGAAAAAGCUGCUUCAGAAGGUUUAAUAAAGUCUGUUGUUUAUUUGCA